AUGAGUGAUUCUUCGAAAUGGCUUUCUGUGAGUCUUCUUGUCCUAUGCAUUGUACUCUAUUUGAGUGCAAUCACUCUUGGAGAUGACAAGCUUGAUAAAACUGGAUACAGAGAUGAUUGUCGAUUUGGCGGACGACGAGGAUGUGGUGGCAGGUGGGGUGGUCAUGGAGGAGGACUAGGAGGUGGCCACGGUUUUGGAGGUGGUAGAGGAGGUGGCAUUGGGGGAGGUGCGGGAGGAGGACGAGGUUUUGGUGGUGGUAGAGGUGGAGGACUUGGAGGUGGUGGAGGUCAUGGUGGAGGUUUUGGAGCUGGGGGUGGUGCUGGAGGGGGCGCUGGAGGUGGUGUGGGGGGUGGUGGGGGCUUUGGUGGUGGAGGAGGAGGUGGUGUUGGAGGUGGGUCAGGUCAUGGUGGAGGUUUUGGAGCUGGAGGUGGUCGAGGUGGUGGAGCUGGAGGAGGCAUUGGUGGUGGUGGUGGAGGUGGCAAAGGCGGUGGUGGAGGUGGUGGAGUUGGUGGGGGUUCAGGGCAUGGUGGAGGCUUUGGAGCUGGAGGUGGUGUAGGUGGUGGCAUUGGUGGGGGUGCAGGAGGAGGUGGUGGAGGUGGAGGUGGAGGCGGAGGUGGAGGAGGUGGAGGUCUAGGCGGAGGAUCAGGCCAUGGGGGUGGAUUCGGUGCUGGUGGUGGUUUAGGAGGUGGAGCAGGAGGCGGAGGGGGUGUUGGAGGUGCUGGAGGAGGCAUAGGAGGUGGUGGUGGUGGAGGCCAUGGCGGAGGAUUUGGGGUUGGAAUAGGCAUUGGCAUUGGAGUGGGAGCUGGUGCAGGCCAUGGAUCUGGAAGUGGGUCCGGCAGUGGUGGUGGUGGUGGACAUUAA